CUACAUGGGAAUUGAUGUUUUUGGAAGAAAUACUUAUGGUGGUGGACAAUGGACUACAAAUGCAGCCCUUGAUGUGAUUAAGAAGGAUAAUGUUUCGGCAGCCAUAUUUGCCCCUGCAUGGGUGUAUGAGACUAAGCAGCCACCUGAUUUUCAGACUGCUCAAAAUCGUUGGUGGGGGCUUGUAGAGAAAUCCUGGGGCAUUUCACAGAAGUAUCCCCAAGUGCUUCCACUUUACUCAAACUUUGAUCAGGUAUCGACUCAGAACAUGGAGUAUUUUAUUUGAUGCAUUGCUUAUCAAAUUAUGCUGCUAUUUCCAUUCAUUUUUGUUGUUUGAGCGCCAAAACUGGAUUUGAUACAAGAUUCCUGAGUUGGGGUACCCAUGAGCAAACUAUUCUCAGAAUAGAUCUUUUUGAUGUUUUGUCACUAGGGUCAUGGUUACCAUGUUUUUAUUGGAGUGCAAAUACUAGAUGCUCCUUUUCUUUUUUUUUUGUUA